AUCACUCUACGGGUAAAAGCGCUGAGAGAAUGAUCAUGAUGAAUUUCUAUCAUCCACGCAAACAAUCGGCACUAUCUGUUCCCCACGUCCUGGGACUGACCGCAAGCCCCAUAAUGCGAUCUAGGCUCGAAGGCCUUGAGGCACUGGAACAGACACUGGACUCGGUUUGCGUUACGCCCAGAUUGCACCGAGAUGACUUAAUGACCCAUGUCAAAAGGCCCACCGUCUGUUAUGUCCAUUACGAAACGACAGAUGCUAAGGAUGAGCCCAAGCCGGUCAGCAUUUCAAGUCUUCGCGAAGCAUGCAGAAAUAUGGACAUCAGGCAAGAUCCAUACGUUAUCUGUCUAAGAGACAAAGGCACUGAUCGAGCACGACGUGAGCUCAUCAAGGUCCUUACAAGCCAUAAAACAGAUUCGCAACAGCAAAUGAAGUCUUUCUUCAAUCAAAGCUUGCGAGUCCUGCGAGAUCUCGGGCCCUGGGCGGCCGAGUACUACAUUUGGAAGGUUGUUACAGAUUUUCUGGCAAUCAUUGAAGCAAGAGAUCACCGCAUGAAUCAACGGAAUACCGAAGAAAAGCAGUAUCUGGCCAACAUCCUUCGACAAAUCAGUAUCAGCGAGCCGCCAGUCAGCAUGUUGAGUGCUCAUAACACGUCGAACAAAGUAAUGGUGCUCAUGGAAUACUUGUCAUCUAAAGCUACCGAUGGUACUGUCGGGAUCAUAUUUGUCAAAGAGCGAUCAACUGCGGCGAUGCUUGCACACGUGAUUGAGUCGCAUCCACUGACACAGAAUAGGCACUCGAGCGUUGGGGUUGUUGUUGGUGCUUCCACUCAUCUGGUAAGGAAGAAAGACAUGUGGGAUCUGUCUCGAGCAGCCCACGAGACAGAGCCCCUUCUUCAGUUCAGAUCUGGCCACCUCAAUUUGCUCAUCGCCACGAGUGUGCUUGAAGAGGGCAUCGACGUUCCUGCCUGCAACCUCGUGAUCUGUUUUGAUGAGCCCGAGAAUCUCAAAGCCUUUGUCCAGCGGCGCGGCCGAGCCCGGAAGAAGGAUUCUAGCCUCGUGGUUCUUCUCCCCGGGACAGACCACGUGCCUCAGGACUGGGAAAGCAUGGAAGCGACAAUGAGGACACACUACGAGAGAGAACAGCGCGAAAUACAAAUCAUGGAGCAGAUCGAAGCAUCCGAGUCUGCAAAGUACGAAGAGUACGUUGUCGAGAGUACUAAUGCCAGACUCGACUUCGAGAACGCCAAAGCGCAUCUCAGCAACUUUUGUGGGCAGCUCUCUCCCGGGGAGUUUAUAGACAAGAGGCCCGAAUACAUACCCCGUGUGGUAGACAACGGAGUACCUCCAUCUCUGAGGGUCACGGUACUGUUGCCAAGCUAUGUUCCAGCUGCCGUCCGCCAUGCUGAGAGUCGUCGAAGCUGGAAGUCGGAGCAUCAGGCCUCAAAGGAUGCCGCUUUUCAGGCAUACGUGGCUCUUUACAAAGCGGGACUGGUCAAUGAACACAUGCUUCCACUCACGGUAAAAGAUAUCGUACCCGCAAACGAACCUCGAGUAGCAACCUUGCAGGUCAAUGGCCUCUUGAAUGUCUGGCUUGGUAUUGCCCAGGCCUGGAUCACGAGCACUGAAACCUGGUUAACUCCAGUGCACCUCCGAGACGCGACGGGAUUGACGCGAGGAACGUAUAUCAUGAGAAUGCCGGUAGCAUUGCCGGCACUGCCUUCCACGCCGGUGUACUUCGAUCGCGAAGGACCAUGGCUUCUGGAUUUUGGCCCACAAGAACGAAAGGAGAAUCUUGAAAUGCCUGAUCAUACUUCAGUGCUGCUUGCACUCCACUUUGGCCAUCACUGGUCUAUUGCUCAUGGUCAGCAGCAGGUUAUCAGCUUCGCUUCACAAGAUGGCGAACUGAAUAUCAGGCAAUUAAGUGCACGGGGUUUCACAACCGCAGAUGCCGACCGAGAGGAAAUGCUGUACCUGGUACGGGACGAGUCAGGAUGCCCGUAUGUGUACGACCACUUUCUAAAUGGCAAGCCGUCACUUGAACUUGUUCAACGACCUUUCCGGCGCAUCGGGGACUCUCCAGGCUUUCAAGACGCACCCAGUAACAUCCCCUACUUGGCUCUCAGAAAGUGGCCGCGGUACCUGGCCCUCUUGCACCAACAGAAGGUCAACGAUCUACUGCCACAGGCGACAAACAAGAAGCCAUAUGCUAGGGUUUAUCCGGCACCGUGGGCGAAAGUCGACACGAUUCCAUUAGAUCAUGCUUACUUUGGGGCGUUGAUCCCUUUCAUUUCACACAUUGUCGAGGUUCGACUGGUUGCAGAACAGCUUUCCUCGAGCCUACUUCGUGACCUCAAUUUCUCAGAUCCCUCUCUUGUCCUGGCGGCCAUUAGCACUAAGGGUUCCUUGGAAGCCACAAACUACGAGCGCCUUGAGCUUUUGGGUGACUCUAUCCUCAAGCUUUGCACCACGGCCAAUGCCGCCGCUCUGCAUGGCUUAGUGUCGAACUCGAGAUUGUGUAGGGCUGCACUGGAUGCUGGCCUUGACAAAUUUGUUCUAACUGAAAACUUCACUUGUCGCACGUGGCGCCCUAUCUACGUCAACGACAUGAUGGAAAAGGGUGCUCGCGACUCAGGACCCCGUAUCAUGUCGACGAAGACGCUCGCCGAUAUUGUGGAAGCACUCAUAGGGGCCGCAUACAUUGACGGUGGCCUCCCAAAGGCACUUGGGUGCAUUUCGAUCUUCCUGAGGGAGCUCGAUUGGAAACCGUUGCCAGCUUGCCAGGAGAUCCUUUACAGUUUGGCGUCCCCUGAUGUGCCUUUGCCGCCAAUGCUUGUUCCGCUGGAGGACCUGAUCGGCUACACGAUGCAUCUCCUCAAGACUGCUUCGGUCAACGGCGAUCUUCUAGGCUUCCUUGCACUCGAGUGCCAUGCCGAGGAAGACGAGGUGAUCAUUGAUAUCGAUUUUUCUCCUUCCGAUACGGACUUCAAUCCUCAAAAUUCCGCCGGGGUGGAACAGAAGCUCAAACAGACACGCCGGAAAAUCCCCCUUUGGAAGUUUAUGCGCCACUCCUCAAUAGAGGUUGUGCAGCAGCAGACCAAAGCUGCCAGCGUUCAUGCCGAUCUCCGAGGACAGAUCAUGCACGCUCUGGAACAUGGGUCAAGCUACCCCUGGUCUCUUCUCGCCCGUUUACAUCCCGCAAAGUUCUUCUCCGACAUGGUCGAAGCUGUACUGGGUGCCGUCUGGGUCGAUUCGGGCGACAUGGGCGCGUGCAUUCGUGUGGCGGAACGACUGGGCAUUCUGCCUGUGCUCUCCCGACUGGCAAAGGAGGACGUUCAUGUGCUGCAUCCGAAGCAAGAGCUGGGAGAGAUCGCUGGUCCCCGGACAGUCAAAUAUCUCCUCACUUUGCCCGAGGACGCAGCCGGCCUGCAAAGUGCAACAAGAAAAUAUGCCUGCAAGGUCAUGGUCGGGGAUCGCUGUGUUGCAGAGGUGGAUGACGGGGUCGCUCGAGAUGAGGUUGAGACAAAGGCUGCAGAGGUUGCGGUACAGACCUUGAAGAAUGAACAGGCUGACGCGAAACAAGUAGCAGAACACUAA